AUGGACAGCGUUUGCAAAUUUAUCAGCGAGUGGAUUUCAGCAAGUUUUCCCUCGACCGAAGAGACCCGAGAAGCGGAGGCUUUUAGAAGCGCCUUGCGAAUUGAGCAUGUCAUCGAUGGCUUUGAAGAUGACGUUCGGGACCUGUAUCCAGAUCGUACAGACAUCAUCACUGUGAUCAAAAAAUUUAGGCAGGCUUUAUACGAUGAACAUGGUGGAGUACCACCAUCUUCCGUCCUCUGUCUCCCUCUUACUAUCCAGGCCCAGGGGAAAAUGACAUAUGACAGAGUGGUUGAAAGAUGGUCAGAUUGGACCAGCCUAUCCAAGGAGUUCCCCUUUUUGACGGGCUUCCCCUCUAUCGAAGAGCAAGCUGACUCCAUCGAUGACAGCGAAGCGCUCGCCGUAGAGACUGCCCUUGCCAUGCAAAAGUGGCAUGUGGAUAAAUAUGGGAAUGCCUUAUGCUAA